ACUGAUACUAUAUAAGGGCAUGUAGCACACUACGAGCGCCCAGAGCCUCUGGUCAAAGCUAACGUCGAAACAACUGUUUGCUGAUAAAAUCGUAGGAAGAACGAUGAUCAUUAAAGCUUGGAUUAUUGUCUUUUUGUAUGGCACUGCCUUGUAUACCACAGAUGCACAGAUCCAAUCAUGGACUCUCCCAAACGUCUCGGGCGCAACUGGAACCGACACAACACCAAUUGAUAUUAAUGAAGAUCAGCCUGUCGGUGCCACAUCAACUACAAUUGUAGCCGUUCCAGGUGAUUCCGACACCAUUUCAAGUUACGAGUUAAUAACAGCGGGGACUCCUUUCUCGGUAACCACAUCUGCUGGCGUUCUUACCUUAGAUUCUGCCCUCGAUUAUGAAACUACAACUAGCUAUAUACUAGAAGUUAAAGUGGUUGACAGUGCUUCCUAUUCUGGAACAGCAACUUUUACUAUUGCCGUCGGGGACGUGAACGAGGCACCAACAUUCACAUCUACGUCAUUUACAGCUUGUGUUGCUGACGCUUCUACAGCAGGUCAAUCUGUGACGACUCUUACUGCUACUGACCAGGACAUAGGAGAUACCAUUACAUACAGCAUUGCCUCUGGAGACACGAAUGGCGACUUCACAUUUUCUGGUUCCGAACUUCAAGUCAGUUCAGGAAAAACUCUUGACAUGUCAAGCACAGCAACCUACACUCUUGUUAUUCAUGCCGUGGACGAUGGAUCCCCAGCAGAGACUGGGUCUACAACACUUACUGUAACAGUGGGCAGUUGCAGCAGCGCGACAGCUCUUGCUGUUAGUAUCAUGAUGACUCUUAUGGCUCUGGUUGUGUCGUUGUAUUAAGAUUCACAGAAAGCUCAUCCAAACGUUCUAAUUCAAAGUACUUUCCUAUUUUCUACUCAAUAAUCGUAUCACCAAGUGACUUUUCUCUUGUAUGUUCAUGUUCUAGAAUGGACUAAAUUUUUCUUAAUAUGAAAGUUAUUUAAGGAAGUAGUGUACGUCACCACCAAUGUAGUUUCGAUUAUUACUAACUGAAGAAAUAUACCGGGGUAUUAUACUUCGCUUUAUUUAUUUUAGAUGCUGAAUAUCGCAUGCCUGUCUGUCUCUGUCCACUCUUGUAAGCAUUUAUACAGAUUUAAAGUACAAUACUCUCUAAAGAUAAUUCCUGUUAAAAUAAGAAGGAACAUAUACUCACUCAAUAUUUUACAAGUUUAUUCUCGUUUUACGCUUUUCCGUAAAAAUCUACGUAGUACAUAAAUUUAUUAGUAUGUGCAUUAGUUAAAAUGUACAUUCUGUUAACCUAUUUCUCUUAGUCUGAGCAGUUAUAUGUAAUAAAAAGCUUUUUUUCGACGGCUUCGGUGCCAUUUUCUUUUCCUGCAGAAUGACGUUUAAAACAUCCAGUAUAUAGUUCCGUUUUUAAAUGUAAUGACUAUCGCUGAUUUUGAUACAUUGCUGUUAUUUGAGAGCACAAAGUAAAUAGGUCUCAUUUUCAAAAUCUUGAUAUAUAGCAUGUCAAUAACUUACAAGUCGUUAUUCAAAAUUUAACUUAAUCGCUUGUCAAAUGAAAGUAUGACACAAAGUUUACAAAUUCUAAAAAUAUUAUUUGCCAUAGUAAAUUCAAAUUUCAUCAAGUCGAAAAGGCCUGAGGGUACACUUCUUAUAUUAUGCAUAACAAAUUUUAAUAUAUAUAGAUUUACUUAAUUCCGGGAUUUUUAUCUGCUAUUUGGAAAUAAGAAUAUGAUGCUUAUUAUCAUGUUUUGAAAAGAGAUUAUUUAUAAUACACUUGUGUUGAUUUUGCUUGUCAACAGCAGUUCGUCGACAGAAUAAAGAUUUGUGUAAACGUAUCAAUCGCCAUUUUACAAACUUGCAGAAACCAUUUCCUUUAAACGUCUUAAACACUGCACAAUUCGUUUACUUACAUUUAAAACAAUAACUGGUUUCUGCACAUGAAGACGAGUUUUGUUCUUUUAAUUUCCCUGUCACAGUUUAGUAUUUUACUUUGAUAUAUAUUCCAUUAAUGUUGUCUUUUAACUAUAUAUCAGUACCGUAGGUGAGAUGACUGUUUUACUCUGGAUACAAUCUCUUUUCACACUUAUACUUGAGCAAGACAUAAAUUUAAAUAGCCGCAUGAUUAUAUGAAAUAUUGAGUAACAUACAGUUGAAUUAAAUGAGAGUUAAUUAACUUAAAUACCACAAUAAUCACUGAUAUCUGAUAUGUAAAUUUGAGUUUAUUAACAAUAUAAAGCUUGUAUGCCUGUCUUUAUAUCACAGUGUUAUCAACUUGAAUCAGAAAUGAAUCGUUUGAAUCACCAAUUUAAAUCGCCGCAGGAUUAUAUGAAAUGUUGAGUAAAGUAGUUGGUUGAAUGAAUUAAAUACCACAAUUAUCACUGAAAUAUCAUAUCUUAAGUUUAUAAACAAAAUUAAAGUCUGUAUUUCUGUCUCGAUAUUGCUAAAAUCUUAUCGAAUAGAAUCAGAAAUGAAUUCGUGUCCAGUCGUACAUGUCUACUCCCUCUAGUACUACGUGUGAUGUGUGUUUGUGAGAAGUAGUUUAGUGUUUAAGAAAUGAUGUCAAUAAUGAGACACUACCGUGUCGAUGCUUGCGUCAUUUCUUGUAUUAAUCCUAAUAUUUUGUAUUGCCGCACAUACUUUUAUUUAAUUACUAAUUUAAGUAAUAGAUAAACUUGUUGGUAAAUACUGUUUUCAUUUACAAGAAAUGGAAUGUGGUUGAAACGGAUGUCAUCAAAUAAGCUAAUGAUUGAUAUACGUACAAAAAUCAGUGUUAAAACUUAAGUUAUACCAUAAAUCGUUAAUUCCUUGUGUAUAGAGUAUCUUAGCUUGUAACAAUUCGGCUAUAC